AUGGCGGCUGUUGUAGCCCUGAUAGAGGAAGCAGUCAUGAUGAAGAGGAGUGACCAGACUACCCCACUCUUCUUCACCAGUAUCUUUAAAGUGUUUACGAUUCCUUUUCGGCCGGAACCGCCAUCUUCCAGUAAUUCGCCAAAAUUGACGAACACAAAGGGAAAGAGGAGAGGCACCCGAUAUAAGUUCUCUAGGCCUUUUAGAAAACAUGGAGUUGUUCCUUUGGCCACAUAUAUGCGAAUCUAUAAGAAAGGUGAUAUUGUAGACAUCAAGGGAAUGGGUACUGUUCACAAAGGAAUGCCCCACAAGUGUUACCAUGGCAAAACUGGAAGAGUCUACAAUGUUACCCAGCAUGCUGUUGGCAUUGUUGUAAACGAACAAGUUAAGGGCAAGAUUCUUGCCAAGAGAAUUAAUGUGCGUAUUGAGCACAUUAAGCACUCUAAGAGCCGAGAUAGCUUCCUGAAACGCGUGAAGGAAAAUGAUCAGAAAAAGAAAGAAGCCAAAGAGAAAGGUACCUGGGUUCAACUAAAGCGCCAGCCUGCUCCACCCAGAGAAGCACACUUUGUGAGAACCAGUGGGAAGGAGCCUGAGCUGCUGGAACCUAUUCCCUAUGAAUUCAUGGCAUAAUAGGUGUUAAAAAUAAAUAAAGGACC